UUAAGUGUCUCACCCACAACGACCACAACAAAUACAACAGCAACAGCAUAUACGAAGGCAGCAACAGCAGCAGAUAUAAUUUUAACAACCACAACACCAACAACAACAUCAACAGUAGCUCCGGCCAAGUUUAUUAUAGAUUCCAUUAUACCCUUUUCCAGCACAAGCAACAAAAGCAACAACAUCAUUACAUCACUCAUUAAUUCCACUACAGAAGCCGCAAAUGCCGCCAACACCAACAACAACACAUCCCCCUUCAACCUUAAAACUUCCAUAAAUAAUUUAAAAUCUUCCCCCACAACAACAACAACACCAACAGCAACAUCAUGCUGUCUACACGACGAUUUAGCAGAGGAUACCCAACCGACCAUACCCACCAUGGCGGGUGAUCUAAUACUAACCCAUGAACAGCAUGAAUUUCAUCUUGAAGGCAACAUCGAAGAAUUACCCCCAGUUCUAGUACAGGCCAAGGACAAGCAGAAACUUACAGGCGAAUUUGCUUAUUUCUAUCCCUACGAUGGUUCUGAGCCUUCUCUACUCUUAAUAGUGCAUGAAAAAAACCCCCUAAGUGAAGAAUUAUUGUCUUUACUUGCUAACGCCCAAUGAACGAGAUCACACCAACCAUACUUUACUACAGCAGAUAUAGUUUUAGUUUAAUAAUUAAUAGAAUUAAAUAAAUAAUACAGUAAUAGUAAUAUAAAUGUGACCCAAACCCCUCCCCCCC